AGACAAAUUAUAGUAAUUGACGAUGCACUUGCUUCUGAAGCUUCAGAAGUCAUAGUCGAAGUCGAAUUACAAUGUGGUUGUGAUUGUGGUACUGCAAUCAACUCUAAAUGCAUAAAUGGUAUUAAUGAAUGCGGUAUCUGUAAAUGUGAUUUUGGCUGGUCUGGAGAAACUUGUAACUGUAACGAAAAUUCUUGGACUGGAAACAAACAGCAGUGCAUUUAUCCCGGCGAAACAGAAAUUUGUUCGGGACGUGGUGAAUGCAUCUGUGGUGAAUGUAGCUGUGAUCCCGGUUAUAGUGGCCUUUUCUGCGAAUGUUCUCCCUGUGAUAAGAUUGACGACGUAGAAUGUUCAGGAAGAGGAAGUUGCGACUGUGGCAGAUGUUCUUGUUCGACAGGUUGGAAAGGCGAAGGAUGUCAAUGUCCAUCCGAUGAUAACUUAUGCAUUCCUCCAGGAGAUAAUGAAGUUUGUGCAGGACACGGUUAUUGCGACUGUGGACAAUGUCGCUGUAACGAAACAGCUCCUGAUGGCCUCCUUUACCGAGGAACUUAUUGUGAGGCAACAGCCGGUGCCGGUGGCAGUGGUUUCUGUAGCUUUUUUGUAUCUUGUGUAAACGCAACCAUUGAAGAAUCAACAAAAGCUCGAGAUUCAUGUCAUACGAAUUUUAGUAUUUUUCGUACUCAACGAGUUUCCACUCUAAAUUCUGAAAGCGACCGCUAUUGUUUUAUUAGGAAAGUGAAAGAUACAACUAUUUGCACUAUUCCAUAUGUAUAUGAAUUUAACAAAGAUAAUACUGUUACAUUAAAUAUUGGAGACAAGACGUGCUACACUCCAAUGCCAGCGGCUUUCUUUCCAGGAAUUAUUUUUGGGGCUGUUGUUCUGUUCGGCAUAAUAGCUUUACUUAUUUGGAAGGGUUGGACGAUUAUGAAGGACAAGAGAGAAUACACGAAAUUUGAGAAAGAGCGUCAACAGACAAUUUAUUCAUUAAACGAAAAUCCUCUUUACAGACCAGCUAUUUCGCACUUCAGAGUACCCUCUAUGAUCAAAGAGGAUUGACAUAAGUUUACGAUUGGAAUUGAAGAUCUUUUUCAGUGAUUUCUUAACGUCUUUCUUGCGGGCAGUAGCCGAUUUUUUUUCUAGUUUCCAGUUGUAAAUCAUUGAAAACUUUCAUUAAGAGUUUUCUCAUGGAUAGCGUUCCAGAAGUGAUUCCCAGGUGUAAAAAUAGUUUCCUUUUUAAAAAACCGUAUGAAAUCACAAAGCAUAUAA